AUGAAAGAGCUGCAAGCUGCUGAAGGGUCGACUGAUGAAAAGAUGCUUAAAUUGAGUGUGGAGACUGGGGGAUGUUUUUGGUUCCAAUAUGUUUUGUGGCGUCCUAGAUCGAUGGCCAAAACACAGCUACAAAAUGAGAACAGAAUCCACAUGGUGGAGACUGAUACAAAUCUCUAUGUCCCUCAUAGAUGUCUGCGGGUUGGUGACGAUGGUUGUUUAAUUGGGUUGGAUAAGACUUGGCCAAAUUUUGUUUUUAAGCUGAUCAGGUGUUCACCAACAAAUUUGUUGUCACGUAUUUGGAUUGCGCUUAUUCUGUCUGGCUUGGCAACCAUUCAUAACCAUAUUCGCACCACAGUAGCAGACUUUGAUGCUUUAGGUGUUUGCCUUGGAACGUCAGGAACCGACAUCCCUGACCCGAAAACUACAGUUCAACUCUUGCACAAGUAUGGUUUCAAGAAAGUAAGGCUUCUCAGUUCCAAUAAUUGGAUGAUGGAGGCUCUAAUCAACCAGAAUAUUGUCGUAAGUAUUGGCAUUGCGAAUGAAGAAUUACCUAUGGUUGCAGAUAAUUUACAAGAUAAUGCAGGAUCGUGGUAUAACGCGAAUGUGAGGCCCUACAUUUCCAAAAUGCCUAUCGAAUAUAUUGUCAUUGGAGACGAUGCAAUUCUCAGUCCCUACAGCGAGUUCGUCAUUCCGGCAAUGAGAAACAUCAUGCAAGUACUCCGGCGUUUUGACCAAGGCAGCAUAAAGGUCACCACUGCAGUUUCCACAUCCGUUUUAGGAAAAACUUUUCCACCUUCACAGGGUAUCUUUAAGGCUAGGACGAGAAACAUUAUGGUAGACGUCCUCAAAGCUAUAGCUGGCUAUAAGUUUUCACCAGUACUUAUGGUGAAUGUCUAUCCAUAUCGUUACCAUGCAGCAGGUCUCAUUCUACAAGACUUCGCGACAUUCUCUGCACACAAACCUGUUAUUCAUGAUGGCAAUAAUGAUUAUUGGAACAUGCUUGAUGCACUGUUAGAUGCAUUUGUUACUGCAUUGACGAGAGAAAAUCUGGGGAGUAUACGUUUGGUGGUGGGUGCGAGUGGCUGGCCUUCUGCUGGGAAUGGUAGAUUCACGACUCCCGCACUUGCAGCCACUUACAAUCAGAAUUUUAUGAGACGGAUAGUUAGGCGACAGGGGACUCCGGCUCAACCAACAAUACCCAUCGAUGGUUUUGUUUAUGCAUUGUUCAAUGAAAAUAAAAAACCAGGAGGUCCUGCUGACCAACAUUUUGGGCUUCUCAAGACCGACAAAACACCUGCUUAUAGUUUUGUGGUUCCUCACUAUUGGAGAUAA